ACUUCUGCCCACAUACAUACACUCAGCUGCAGUUGCUACGAGUCUAUGACAUUUCCCUCGCAACCAAUCCUCGUAUCAAGCGAACGUCUUCCGCGCGGGAUAAUCAUAAAAUCACCUUCUAUGGGCCAGAGUAGAAUACGUGCCUCACAACAUGCAUGCAUGUGCUCCCAAAAAGUCGACUCCAGUCUCACACGGGCGCAACCCCCCGUGCCCCCAUCCCAUCCGCCAUGCGCUCGAACCCCAACAACGUCCAAUGACAUCCUACCCAAGACCUCGGCGCUGGGUGUGCGUUCGAAUGUUCGCCAGCCCGGCGCCGCGCCGCGCAACGUUUGUAUUAUUUACCGGGUUCAAGGUGCUGCUGUAGGCAUGCACACACAAUGAACGAGCCUG